AGAGAGAGAAACACGUUUUCAUCCAAACCUGUUUUUUCCACAGCCUAUAGCUUCUCGGCUCAGCUCAGUUCCCUAUUGUUUGAGCUCUAAGAACAGACAGAAAAGAACCAUCUGCGCUUGUUUCUACGCGCACAUAGUGAGCCAGUUCUCCAAAUCUAAUGCUCGGUGUUUUUUCGCUCUAAAUGCUGCAUCCUUUGUCAACUUCUCCGAUUUCUCCACUUAAUACUUACGCUGCAUCAUGAAUAGUUUGGGGACAUCUUUCCAUCGUAUACCUAUGGAAUGCUCGGGAUUACACGGCCGAAACCAGGAGAGCAUGUAAACGCAGAUGGAGUUUGGGAUUUAUUGCAAAAUAAGGGAAAGAUGACCGUCUUCUCGUUGUGCUUGCUCCUGUGCGCAGAUCUGCUGGAUUUAGCCGUCGGAUAUUUGACAGUUACCAUAGAGCCCCUGCCUCCUGUAGUUGUGGGUGAGACUGUAACACUCAAGUGUAACUUCAAAACUGAUGGAAGGCUGCGAGAAAUUGUUUGGUACAAGGUCACAGACGGAGGUACCAUCAAGCAGAAAAUCUUUACCUACGAUGCCAUGUUUAAUACAAAUUACUCCCAUAUGGAGGAUUACCGAAGACGUGAGGAUUUUGUGUACAAAACGACUGUCCGGCUCCCAGAGGUACGGAUCUCAGACAAUGGACCUUACGAAUGCCACGUGGGCAUAUAUGACCGGGCAACGAGGGAGAAGGUUGUCCUGGCUUCAGGGAAUGUUUUUCUUACAGUUAUGUCACCUCCAAACAACAUAUCCGUGCUGGCAGAGAACACUCCAGCCCCCUUCAGUCGAUACCAAGCCCAGAAUUUCACCCUUGUCUGCACUGCAAAAGGAGGGAAACCAGCCCCAUCCGUGUACUUUAAGCGUGAUGGGGAGCUGAUAGAGGUAAUUUCUUAUACUGAGCCAUACUCCAGCGAGCGAGCAGCCGGCGCUGCAGGAUGGAGAGGAGCCAGGCCACUCAUCAGCAGGGACCUUGAUGAGACCAAACUACAGCGUUCCCUCUCCCUUCUUGAUCCGGAAGGCCGGUCAGCUCGUCUGUACACAGAGAGCCCUCAGCGAGUCCAUACUCAGGGCCAGCAGGCCAGUGAGCCGAGCCCUGCAACAGAGGUCAUUCCAGAGACAGUGGUGAGCCGGGAGUUCCCCCGCUGGGUACACAGCACGGACCCUCUGUACUACUUCAGCCACACUCAGAUCCCUCAGAGCGACGGCUCUGUUGUGGUACAGGCUCGACUCACCUGGACCCUCAACCCACAGCUGGACAAUGAUGCCCUAUUCAGCUGUGAAGUUAAGCACCCAGCAUUGUCCAUGCCCAUGCAGACAGAGGUCACUCUGGCUGCUCCUAAAGGUCCCAAACUCUUCAUGACCCCCACUAGGGCAAAGGUCGGGGACACUGUACGGAUCUCUGUGCAAGGGUUCCAGAAUGAAGUAUUUCCUGAGCCGCUCUACACCUGGACACGGGUGGGAGGCCACUUACUAGAUGGCAGUGCUGAACGUCAGGGGAGGGAGCUGAUUCUAGAGAGAGUGCCAGCAGAACUCAAUGGUUCAAUGUAUCGCUGCACUGCCCAGAAUCCUUUGGGCUCCACGGAUACGCACACUCGUCUCAUAGUGUUUGAAAAUCCAAGCAUGAUGAAAAACAUGCAGAAUCCAAACAAUGAGGCCACUCGCAUAGAAAAGUGUGGACUGACGUGGCUUGCACUUGUUCUUUCAGUCACAGCAGGACUGACGUGAAACUGCUUUCCCAAGACCCUUUCGCCACACAUCACAACACACAUUUUGCCCAUACAGCACCCAAUAUUCAAAUAUGCUUACAGAAAAACACACAUACAGUUCUGACACUUUCCAGAACCCUGCAAGCCUACUCAAGUCAUCAACAGACAACUCUUUUCAUCUGUCAAACAAGAAACAGUGCCACCACAUGAAGGUGCUUCACUGUUUUUUACAAAUUAUAUUCAAGAUAAUACAAAAAGAACAAAGUAAAGAACUCUACAGUUACCGCGUCCUAUAUAGUUCCAUCCUAUUACCUUUUUUUCUGUUUCUUGUCCCCCGUCUGCCUGUUGAUAAAAUAAAAUCUGAUGAUUCAAAAUGGAGACGAAAAAAAA